CUCCGCCUGCCUCUGUCCUGUUGUCCCAGCAUGGCUGCAGGAUGGCCACACAGUGGACGCUGCCUCUGCUUCUCUUUUCCUCUCUGGUGAGAUGUCUGGCCCUGGCCCCUCAUGGUGAGCGCCCUCCGCCCCACAACCUGCCCCCCUCGCUGGGCUUCAACAGCAGCGAUGACGGUCUCUCCGUGGACGUGCCCAGGGCUCUGAGGGUGUUCAGCGUGGACUACCACCAUGUGCAGGCUCCCUUUGAGAUCGUGCUGUGGAUCAUGCUGGCCUCCCUGGCCAAGCUGGGUUUCCACUGGUCCGGUCGUAUCCCAGCAGUGGUCCCAGAGAGCUGUGUCCUCAUCAUGGUGGGCCUCCUGGUUGGAGGGGUUAUCUACGGGGUCCGCCACUCUGCUCCCCCUACUCUGAGUGCUGACGCCUUCUUCCUCUUUCUGCUGCCCCCUAUUGUCUUGGAUGCAGGAUACUUCCUGCCGGGGAGGCUGUUCUUUGAAAACCUUGGCACCAUUCUCUGGUAUGCAGUGCUGGGAACCUUCUGGAACGUCCUGGGCAUCGGCCUCUCUCUCUACGGGGUUUGCCUGGUAGCUCCGAGCUCUCUGGGAGGCGUGUCCCUGCUCCACUGCCUGCUGUUUGGCUCGCUGAUCGCCGCCGUUGACCCCGUCGCCGUGCUCUCCGUGUUUCAAGAGAUGCACGUCAACGAUCAGCUGCACAUCUUGGUGUUUGGCGAGUCGCUGCUCAACGAUGCCGUUACAGUGGUGCUUUACAAGCUGUUUGAGUCCUUCCUGCGCUUGCCAGCAGUGUCCGGGCUGGAUGUGUUGCUGGGGGUGUGCCGGGUGAUGGUGGUGGGCCUGGGAGGUCUGUUUGUAGGCCUUUUCUUUGGCCUGUUGGCCGCCCUCACCUCAAGGUUCACCUCUAAAGCCCAAGUCAUUGCUCCGCUCUUUGUCUUCCUAUAUUCCUACUUGUCUUACCUGACCUCAGAAAUGCUUCACCUCUCCGGUAUCAUGGCUAUCGUCACCUCUGCCGUCACCAUGAAGCAGUACGUAGAAGCGAACGUUUCAGAGCGCAGCAACACCAGCAUCCAGUACUUCCUGAAGAUGUGGAGCAGCGUGAGCGAAACCUUAAUCUUCAUCUUCCUGGGUGUAUCCACCAUACAGGAUGUCCAUAUGUGGAGCUGGCCCUUUGUCUGCUCCACAUUGAUCCUCUGCCUCGUCUGGAGGGCCACAGGGGUUCUCCUGCUGACUGCUGUGGUGAACAAACUUCGGAGGAAUGCCGUAACCUUCAGAGACCAGUUCAUCAUCGCUUAUGGUGGCCUGAGAGGAGCGAUCUGCUUCUCCUUGGUCUUCCUAAUCGACGACUUCCCAAAGAAAAGGCUCUUCAUCACAACUACCAUUGUGGUCAUCCUCUUCACUGUCUUUGUGCAGGGGAUGACCAUUAAGCCACUGGUGGAGCUACUGGAUGUGAAGAGGAAGAAGAGGAGUCUGCCCACUGUCAGUGAGGAGAUCCACAGCAGGCUCAUAGAUCACCUGAUGGCAGGACUAGAAGACGUGGUUGGAUACUGGGGACAGCACUACUGGAAAGACAAGUUUGAACAGUUCAACAAGAAGUAUCUCCGCCGGUUCCUGAUCCGGGAGGACCACCAGGCCCACUCCAGCAUCCUCAGGGUCUACCAGGAGCUGGAGAGGAGGGAGCAGAGAGGAGAGGACGAGGCCUCUGCAGUCGUGGACACUCGUCCCCACAGCCGCCCGCUCCUGCCAGAGGAGAUGGACAGCAUCAGGCGCAUCCUCUCCAGAAACCUUCAAAACUUUGACAACAAGCAGACACCAGCAUACAGCCGGCACACCCUGCACCAGCAGGUCACCAUGGACAGGACCAGGAGGCCCCUCCACAGACACCAGAGUCUCGGAGAGAGAUGCAGCUACAACACUGGUGCACAGCAGCCACAGGGGGAGGAUGGAAAAUUCAGUGACUGUCAGCGAAUGAGAGCAGGACUCAGCAGGUCUCACACAGUGUGCUCCAUCAGUCCGAGACCGGCCCUCUCGGACCCUGCAGUCCUCGCCGCCUCAGCUGGGACUCGGCCAGGGGAUCCAAAGGAAGUCCUUCCACACCGCCAGGCACCUGCAGAGAAAACCCCAAAGAAACAGAUCAGCUUUAUUCUGGAGAACGACAAGUAGCAAUGAAGUCAGACUUUGACAAUGAGACAUUGAGGGUCAAAUAAUACGUUGCCAAAAACUAAAAAUACUCCUGACCUUUGAACCUGGGAGUGGUGAAUUGCACAACAGGCCUGAUAAAGAGUUUCAUCAGUCUCAUGAACAUCUACUAAAACUGCUAAGAUGAAUGAAAUGGUUGAGUGUUUGCCCAUAAAUAAAGCUUUCCUUGGCACCAUGUUUCACAUUUCCAACGGGACUUUUUUGGGUUGUCA